CUGAUUUCAUAGGGUGUGCUUUUAAAUGUCAUCCGUGUGUUCCUAUGGCUCGUUUGGUGGUCAUUGGCAUCUGGGUGUUGGUCGAACCGUACACGUUGCCCCACCGCUUCCACCACCCACAGCACCGCACUUAUCACCAGUCUCCCUUCCACCACGUGCGGGCUCGGUCUCGGGAAAGGGGAAGUGAGGAAGCCAGUGGAGCGUCUUCUGUAACCGUGCCAUCAGCCAGGAGAUAUGAUGCAGGUGUCACUGGCGGACUAAUUAAGACGCAGCGAGGAAGCAGAGAAGAGGAAGAGGAAGGAGGAGGAAAGGCUGCAUGGCGGAGGACGAAUAAUGUAAAGAGCCGAGCAAACAAGUAGAAGACCCUCGACGUAACCACUCCUUCCCCCUUCCACGGCACAGGCGCUGGGAAUAGGCAGAAAAGAGGAAGAUAAAAGGUGAGGAGGAGGAGGAGGAGGAGGCAACACCCGCACGAUGGCCGAAGGUGGGAAGAAGGAGCUGCUACGCCAGAUCCCGCGGGUGAAGCUGUGGCUGGUGCUGGUGCUGACGCUGGCCUUCUCCGGGGUGCUCCUGGUGGGGGCGCACCUCACCCACUCCCUCACCCUGCGCGUCGAGGCCUACCAUGGCCUCUACAACGUGCUCACCCUCUGCGGCUGCCUCCUCACCAUGAAGGUGUCAUCGGGCCCCCAGUCGCUGCAUAACACGUUCGGGUGGGCGCGUCUCGAGGUGUUGAGUAUGCUGACGACGCUGCUCUUCUUCACCGCCCUCUGCUUCAGCGUGACCAUCGAGUCGGUGCAGACGGCUCUCCACGUGGGGCACCAGGACGCCAUGCACCACCCCCUCCCCGUGCUGGCCCUCGGAGGCGUGGGUCUGGCACUGAACGCGCUCGUCUUCUUUCUGAUUGGAGGCUACACACACCACCAAGGCUGCUUCCUGGAGAUGCGUGACUCCGGCAGCGUGUGGGUGGGGCGGCAGGUGACGGAGGAGGCGGUGCAGGCGGGGCGGCGCACACUCUCCUCCAGGGACUGCAUCGCGGGGGGCAACAGGCCGCAGAAGGCACGGCAGCGUUUCAAGGAGGUGGUGCGGGACACGUGCGGCCUGGUCAUCAUGGAAGUAUGCGCCGCCUUCGUGCACUGGGAUGACGGCGGCUCGGUGGCGCUCUACAUCGACCCCGCCCUCGCCGUCACCUCCGCGGCGCUGCUCAUCUGGCUUAGUCUCCCCUACGGCAAGGAGUGCUGCCACAUCCUCCUGCAAACCAUUCCGGGACACAUCGACGUCGAGCUCUUCCAGCGGCGGGUCAUGAAGGAGUUCCCGGCGCUGGUCAACAUCCACCACCUGCACAUCUGGACCUUCACGCCCAGCAAGGUGGUGGCUACGGCCCACGUGGUGUUCCCCAGCACCCGCGUCUACCUCGCCACCAAGGCCCCGCUCAGGGAGUUCUUCCUGGACGAGGGCAUCACGCAGGUGACCAUUCAGCCCGAGUACCCGUCCACGCAGGCCUCGGGCGAACCGGAGGAGGACGCCUCGGCGUGCCUGCUGCGGUGCAAGCAGGAGCAGUGCCACGAGAGGGAGUGCUGCUUCUCCUGCGCCCCCCAGCCGCUCCUGACCUCCAUCACCUCGUCCUCCUCCUCUUCCUCCUCCCCUUCGCAGGGCGCCCGACGCAGAGUCACGCCGACUGGUGACGGCGGCGGUGGUGGUGACGGUGUGUCUGACGGCGGUGAGGCAGCGGCAAGACUCGGGGACAGCCCAGCAGAGAGUGACAGCGGCGGUGACGGUGGCGGAGGAACAAAGGAAGCCGAGGAAUCGCAGAACACCAUGGGAACAACGGACGAGACACCAACACCACCAGCACCAGAAAUACCACCAACAACCACCCCACCGCCAUCACCAAUUUCAGUAAGCAAACUCACCAUCACAACAACCACGACGCAGCCACAGGAAGGCCAAGGCGGCACAUCAGAGAACACAACCGAAUAUUACGCGGUUUACUCAACAUACGCGGAGGAAGACGGUACACACGAGCCUCUAUUGCGUACGUCCCCAAACCAAGAUACGCCAUCACACCGUAGUUCCGUGGAGCAAGAUGGCGCUGGAGGAAACAGCAACAGGAGAGACACAGUGGAGGAACAGACGGAGAGAACUUGCCUCCUCCCUCGCCAUAACACCUGAGAGGGCGGAAGGUGAAGGUAGGUGAGAGAGAGAGAGCAACAAAGACGCCUCGGAGUGUUUAGAUAAAAGGUUGGGCGUCGAUUCUGGCUGCCAAAUCUCACCUAUGGUCUUGUGAUACGCUGUUGAUGUGUUUCUUUGUGAGUGAAGUGACUAUAGCGUCUUGUGGAGUGUCUGAUGAGGCGCACGAGGCUUAAAGGAAAUGCUGUGAGGGUGUAUGUGAAGCCUCCUUACGCCAGACCCAAGAAUAGCCCCCCCCUCCCCUUUCCAGACCCAUGAAAAAGCGACCCCUCCCCUCCUUCCCCUACGUUGAGUACGAUAGUGUUUGGUGUGAGUACGAAGGCGUGGGAACGGGUAUCGAGGGUGUGUUGACGCUACGGAUGCCAUUGUUUUUAAGCGGUUUUUAUUUUAUUUUAUCGAUGUUCUCUAUGGAAAUAAAGAAUGAUUACAGGA